CAAUGAAAAAUAUAAUUGCAGCCACAUUGACGACUCUACUGAUAGGUUUGGGUUUCUACCAAGUAAAUUUAGAUUCUGCUUCUGAUUUUGAAAGAUGGGCUUUAAAACAUGGCAAAAGUUAUUAUGGAGAUGAAAAAAUUUACAGAUAAACAAUUUAUUAUCAAAAUAAAUAAAUGAUUGAUUAACAUAACAAAAGAAAUGAUAUUACUUAUUAAAUGGCAGAAAAUCAAUUUAUGACUAUUACAAAUGAAGAAUUUAUUAGACUUUAUUUAAAUACUAAAUCAACUGAAUAAUUAAAUGAUUAAGAUAAAGUUAAAAGAAAUAAUAUACAUUAAUCUUCUGAACCAAUCAAUAAAGAAAAUAAAAAAUGGCCAAUUGAUUGGAGAGGUUUGGUAAAAGUUAAAAAUUAAGGAUCUUGUCCUUCUUCUUAUGCAAUGUCAGCAACUAGUGUAGUCGAAGCAAAAUAUGCAAUUGAUAAAGGAAUAUCUAUAACAUUAUCAGCACAAUAAGUUGUGGAUUGUCAAUGGCUCAAUGAUGGAUGUGAUCCUAAUGAUGGUAGAAAUUCAGCCCUUAUGGCAUUAAGAUACAUAAGGUUAUAUGGAUUAUAUAAUGAAUACUAAUAUCCAUAUAGUGGUGAAACAUAGAGUUGUUAACUAAAUGAUAAUGGACCUUGGAAAAUUGCAGAUUACUGGAUGUGGACUGAUAAUUAUUGGUAUAACUUCUAAAGGCAUCUUGAGAAACAACCUAUAUCAAUGAAAGUUGAUGCCAGUAAAUGGUAAUUCUAUGGUUCUGGUAUAUUUUCUGAUUGCACUAGCAAUUCAAAUUAUUAUGCAUUAGCUGUUGGUUAUGAUUCAUCAGAUAAUUGGUUUGUUUAAGCAUCUUUUGGAACUACUUGGGGGGAAUCUGGAUAUAUAAGAUUAGCACCUGGAAAUACUUGUGGUAUUUUAGAUUAUUUUUGGUAAGUGGUGUUGUAUAAUUGAU